GGUGCCAGCAUCUCUCUCCUGUCACUGUCAGUGUUUCUCCCGGAGAGGAGGACAAGACGCCUGACAGCGCUUUACAUCUCCCUCGUCUUGAUGCAGCAUCCGCGCUGAACUGCGUGCCCGUCGCCAUGGUGACAGUGCAGCUUCAGCACCACCGCUGUCAUCCACAAACCUUAAUUUUAGACGGCUGUCAUUUCUUGCCUUACAUCACUAGCCUCCCGUUGACGUUAUUUUUCAUGCAUGGCAACCAUGUUAUUUGAUUUGACUUGGCGACUGUGUGUGCAGUCACGCUUGUAAACGUUCUUCGUGCGUAAACGUGGUGACGACGAGACCACGCCGCGGUGAUCCAGUUGACGACAGAGGCGAGGAGGGGGCGAGCCCUGAUGCUACUGCACCCGAGUCGACGAGAUCCGCGAUCCGCGACGCACGAUUCACACCGGUGGAGCUGAAGAUGGUAGCGGUGCACGCCUCUGCGCACUCCGUGGCCUCCUUAGAGUGGAUCAUCUGCCUGGACAAGAGGCCAGCAGAACGCUCGGGAGAAGAUGUGGAUAUCAUUCUGGCUCGGCUGAAGGGUGUGAAGGCCUUCGAGAAGUUUCACCCCAACCUGCUGCAGCAGAUCUGCAUGUGUGGCUUCUAUGAGUACCUGGAGAAAGGCAUCACCUUGUAUCGGCAGGGUGACAUCGGCACCAGCUGGUACGCGGUUCUGUCUGGAUCUCUGGAUGUGAAAGUGUCUGAGACGGCCAACCAUCAGGAUGCUGUAACGAUCUGUACUUUGGGAGUGGGGACGGCAUUUGGGGAGUCAAUUCUGGAUAACACUCCUCGACAUGCCACGAUUGUCAGCCGAGAGAACAGUGAACUUCUGCGCAUCGAACAGAGGGAGUUCAAAACCCUGUGGGAGAAAUACAGACAGUGCAUGGCUGGGCUUCUAGCACCGCCGUAUGGAGUGAUGGACAGCGGGGCUACAAAUGAUAGAAUGAUGGACAAAGAGAAUCUCAACAGCGACCCUCUCAAUUUUAUGUCCAAAAACCUGAAUAAGGUCCCGUCAGAGAAGAUUUUGAGGGCAGAAAAAGUCUUACGUAAUGCUAUACUGGCCAGAGCUCCUCACAUGAUCAGAGAUAGAAAAUAUCAUCUGAAAACCUACAGGCAGUGUUGUGUGGGCACUGAGCUGGUCGACUGGCUGCUUCAGCAGAGCUCGUGUGUUCACAGUCGGGCUCACGCUGUGGGAAUGUGGCAGGUGCUGCUGGAGGAAGGGGUCCUGAAUCACGUCGACCAUGAGCUGAACUUUCAAGAUAAGUACCUCUUUUACCGUUUCCUUGAUGACGAGGAGGAGGAUGCGGUGUUGCCUAGCGAUGAUGAGAAACGUGAAGCUGAGGAAGAGCUGCAGGAGACCCUCCUCUUCCUUUCCCAGAUCGGCCCUGAUGCCCACAUGCGAAUGAUCCUCAGGAAACCGCCAGGUCAAAGAACAGCUGAAGACCUGGAGAUUAUUUAUGAUGAGCUGCUGCAUAUCAAAGCUCUCUCUCAUCUGUCUAACACUGUGAAGCGAGAGCUCGCCGGGGUCCUCAUCUUCGAGUCACAUGCCAAAGCAGGCACUGUGUUGUUUAAUCAAGGGGAGGAAGGCACUUCUUGGUAUAUUAUCCAGAAGGGAUCAGUAAAUGUAGUUAUCUAUGGCAAGGGUGUGGUGUGCACGCUGCAUGAAGGAGAUGAUUUUGGCAAACUGGCCUUGGUGAACGAUGCCCCCCGCGCUGCUUCCAUCGUACUCAGAGAGGACAACUGCCACUUCCUGAGAGUGGACAAAGAGGACUUCAACCGUAUACUCAGGGAUGUAGAAGCAAACACUGUGCGUCUAAAAGAGCAUGACCAAGAUGUUCUGGUGCUACAGAAGAGUCUCCGGCCCUCCAGCCAUGGAAACAUCCAAGCCCACUUCAAAUACACUGUGAUGUCAGGAAGCCCAGAGAAGAUUCUGGAGCAUCUGCUGGAGACAAUGCGACUGGACAUUCAUUUCUCUGACCCAGAUCCAGCUCUUGAUGAUUUUGCGCUCAUGCAUUGCGUCUUCAUGCCCAACAGCCAGCUGUGCCCCGCCCUUCUGGCCCACUACCACUCUCAGGCCUCUCAAGGCUCAGAGCAGGAGCGUCUAGACUACUCUGUUUCCAGCAAGAGACGGGUGCUCAGCUUGGCUCUGCGCUGGGCUGCCCUGCAGGGCCACCAUCUGCUGGAGGAUGACACCGCGCUCAGCUUCCUGGAGGAGCUGCAUGGGUUUGCAACUAAUGAUGCAAGAGUUUUGCGUCCACUGAAGGAGCUACUUCCUGAGCUGGAGAGGAUCAUCAAGCAGUAUCCAGAUGAUGCACGAACCUCUCAAAAAAAGCAUAAAGUCCUGCUGCGACAGUUCAGCUCUGGAGAGGAGCGGCUUGCAAAAAAGCAGCCAAUAAGGAGCUUUGAUGACAUUCUCCUGAAGGUGUACUGCAGCGAUCACACUUACACCACUAUUCGUGUUCCUGUGCUGGCCACGGGGAGAGAGGUGACCGCAGCUGUAGCGGAUAAACUGGGAUCCACUGAAGAGCUGCUUUUGAUAAACCUCAGUGCAUCUGGAGAGAAGCAGAUUUUAAAGCCCAAUGAUGUAUCGGUGUUUCAGUCGCUAGGAGUGAACGGCCGAUUGUUUGUCUGCUCCAGAGAACAGCUUGAUUCACUGAAUCCUCUUCCAGAGCAGGACGGUCCCUCCACAGGCUCGAUGUCCAGUUUUGAGCUGAUGAGCUCUAAAGACCUGGCCUUCCAGAUGACACAAUAUGACUGGGAGCUUUUCAGUUGUGUACAUGAGUAUGAGCUGGUGUAUCAUACGUUCGGACGGCAGGCGUACAGACGCUCUACAGCAAAUCUAGAGCUGUUUCUGAAGCGCUUUAAUCAGGUUCAGCUGUGGGUGGUCACAGAGGUUUGUCUGUGCGGGACGCUCAGUAAACGGGUACAGCUACUCAAAAAGUUCAUCAAGAUUGCCGCCCACUGUAGGGAGUUCAAGAAUCUGAACUCUUUCUUUGCCAUUAUUAUGGGCAUGUGCAACCCAGCAGUCAGCAGACUCAGCCAGACAUGGGAGAAACUGCCUAGUAAAUUCAAGAAGUUCUACGCGGAGUUUGAGAGUUUACUAGAUCCAUCCAGGAAUCACCGUGCAUACCGCCUCACUGUGGCUAAGAUGGAGCCGCCAAUCAUUCCCUUUAUGCCUCUCCUCAUUAAAGACAUGACAUUCACUCAUGAGGGGAACAAGACUUUUAUUGAUGGACUGGUGAACUUUGAGAAGAUGCGGCUGAUUGCUAACACAGUCCGGGCGAUGAGGCACUGCAGGAGCCAGCCGUUCAAUGCUGAGGUGUCUCCAGCUAGCAAGAACCCACAGGAAGUGAGGAAUUAUGUGCGUCAAUUGAAUGUGAUUGACAACCAGAGAACCUUAUCCCAGCUGUCCUUCAGACUGGAGCCGAGACGGGGCUAAAGACCAAUGCUCAGACUUUUUCUCUUGUUUUCCAUCCCUCUCUCUCUCUAUUUGAAAUACAUCCACUGUAUAUCCAGUUUACAGUAGAACUCAAUUUUACAUCGAUCAGCUGCUAGAGCAGCUGAAUGCUGACUGUAUGUGCUUUCACUGCCAACUGAACUACAUGUGCAAGAUGCAUUCUCAUAAGUAUGAUUGUUUGUGUGCGUGUGCGAGUUGCAUGUUAAUGACUUCAGUCAGCAUAAGAGCUACCUUGGUUGAAAGUGUGUGUUUGUGUGUGUGUAAGCAGAAUGCACUUGGUAAAAGUGUUCAUUCUUAGAUCCAGUUAUGUGAGGCCCUUGUUCAUUCCCAUGAUACAACAGUGUAAACCUGCUGCCUGUGCUCAAGCCUGCAUUUCUACGAUCCUACGAAACCUUCAGAACAAUCCUAAAAAUAAGAGUUUAGUACAAGCUACAUAUCAUGCAUACAAAAAACAGUGACACAAUGAUCGUAUCCCCGCCGCAGAAAAUGAAUCAUUGGUACUCUGUAAAACCAUCCAGGCCUCAAUGUCUUGUGGUAUGUUGUUUUAAGUCAUAUAAAUGUCAGUAUUCUGGCUCAAGGACUAUUUUUUAUCACUGGUUAAAUUGUGUGCUAGUAACUUACCUCUCGCCAUAGCGUGUAGCAUUAUUGAGAUCAUUUUGUACAUUGAGUUAUAUUUUUGGAUAUGGUUAUAUGGUUGGACCCAUUUUGCUAAGUUAUCAUAAUCGGUCUGAGAAGGCCUUUGUUUGCUCUCAUCCUGCCUUUUGGAAAGUGAGACGCUGUGUGUGUAGGGCGCUUAUUUUCUUUCAGGAAAAUGUCUACGCCUACCUUGUAAAUGGUAUAAUCUAAAUAAAUGUACCACUGAACACUUGGUGUUGGUGUGAUUGGACUUUUCAAUCCAAACAAGUGUUUUCCUCUCAUUUCCUCUGUUUUAUGUAUUCUGUCUCUGUUCUGUUUUGCUAUUAUUUGUUAUUUGGGACAAUAAAGGGUUA